AUGACCAAAAUAACAUUUACUGCUUGUUUUAAAUGCCUUAAAUACUCCAUGUUUGCGUUUUGUUUGGUGGCAUGGGUCAUUGGUUUAAUCACAUUUAUUGUGGGUAUCGUGGCCCGUGUCAAUGGUAGUUUUGGUAUUUUGGAUGCACAUAUUCCAGCUGUUCAUGCAGGUGCUAAUUUACUUAUUGCUGUUGGCUUCUUCAUUAUGAUAAUGGGAUUCUUGGGGUGUUGUGGAGCGAUUCGGGAAAGUCAGUGUCUCUUGUUCCUAUUCUUUACAUUUGUCUUCUUCUGCUUCACUCUGCUUAUGGCAGCUGGUUUGUGGGCUGUUGCAUGGUCGUCUAAGGUGAAUCACUACAUGUAUCGUUAUUUAGAAGAACAGGUGAUUAGAUAUCGUGAGAUGGAACCAGAAAAUGAAAGUACAAAGUUAAUGGAUUUUGUACAAAAAAAAUUCAGUUGUUGUGGUGUUACUUCGGCUGCUGACUAUGGUAUGAGAACUCCACCAAAAAGUUGUACAGCAGCAAAAUCUUCUCGACCGUUCCCUAGAGGUUGCCAUGAAGUGCUUGUGGAAGCGUGCAGAUCCAAUCUGUCCAUAAUAUGUGGAGUUGGAAUAAGUUUUGCAAUAAUUCUUAUAUCUGGGAUGGUAUUUUCUAUGAUGUUGUGCUGUGCUAUUCGUGAACUCAAUUGA